UUUAUCUUCGCCAGCGCAGCGAGCACUGGGAAAGGUUCAUUUAUAUGACUGUGACGGUACAGCAGAAAGUUUACGUAUCAGACCGAAAUUUUUUACCGAUCAACAAUGUUUCUUCAGAUUAUACUUAAUCUGGGGCUCGUGUUAGUCGGCGUGGCGACGGUUGCUUAUAUGUUGAUUCAUCGACAGUAUACUUAUUGGGAAAGAAAGGGUAUACCGUUUAUAAGACCUGAAUCCUAUUUAGGCACCUAUGCUGACGCCGUAAGCAAGAAGAAGCCCCUGUGCGAUGUGGUCAGCGAACUGUACGUCAAGUUUAGAGGAAAGAAAUUCGGUGGUGUCUGGGAACUCUUCUCGCCAAGAUUGUUCCUCGUCGAUCCGGACAUGGUUAAAGACAUAAUGAUAAAGAAUUUCGACUCCUGGUCCAACCGUGGGCUGACCUCGAAUCCGGAGGUGGAUCCUCUCUCUCAGCACAUAGCCAUGCUCGAUGGGAAAAUGUGGAAGGUAGUCAGAACGAAGCUGACCCCCACCUUUACCUCGGCGAGACUGAAGAGCAUGCACUACCUUGUUUUGGAAUGCGCUAAGAACUUGGAGAAGUACCUUGAUGCGGUGGUUCGGAAAAACGAGCCCAUCGAGGCCAGGGAGGUUGGCGCCAAGUACACCACUGACGUAAUUGGCUCGUGUGUAUUUGGGAUCCAAAUGAACUCGUUGAACGAUGAGGACGCAGCUUUCCGUAAGAUGGGAAAGAGAAUAGGUGGAGGCUCUGGGUACUGGUCCCGUUUCGUGCAUCUGCUUCAGGGCAGUUCUCCGUGGUUAUUCCACAAAUUGAAGCUCUCCCUGACACCGCCGGACGUUGAAGAGUUCUUCCUUAGAAUCACGAAGGAAGCCUUCGAAUACCGAGAGAAGAACAACGUGCAGAGGCACGACUUCGUAGACCUUCUGAGGAAACUCAAAAACACCGACCAGAAACUGGGCAAGGAUGACGUAGUGUUCGAUGAUAAACUCCUGGCCGCCCAAGCGUUCGUUUUCUUUGGAGCCGGUUUUGAGACGAGUGCCACAACAAUUGGGUACAUCCUUCACGAGCUAGCCAUUCACCAAGACAUUCAAGACCGUCUUCGGAAGGAACUGCGUGAGAUGAAAGCAGCCAACAACGGAGAAAUCACCUUCGAUGGUUUGCAGGGCAUGAAAUACUUGGACAUGGUGUUGCAAGAAACGUUGAGGAAACAUCCUAUAGUUCCACAACUCGAACGAGUCUCAGUGAGGCCCUACGAACUCCCAGGAACGAACGUGGUGCUACCAGUGGGAUCAAAGUGCAUCAUCCCCAUCUACGCUCUCCACCACGACCCAGAAUUCUGGCCUAACCCAAGUAAAUUCGACCCGGAGAGAUUCAGCGAGGAAGGCAAGGCUAAACAAACUCCCUACACUUUCAUGCCCUUCAGUAUCGGACCCAGAACUUGCAUAGGCUCUCGGUUUGCCGAGCAACAGACGAAAGUCGGAAUACUCACGAUGCUUGACAAGUUCAAGAUCAUUUUGUGCGAAAAGUCGCAAAAUCCACUCAAGUACAGAAAUGGCGCUGGAGUAUUUCUCAUGCCCGAACGCGGAUUUUGGAUCAAGAUGAUUCCCCUUGGCGCCGACGACAAGUGACGUCAUCAGCUCUUUCACUGCUCUCGAUAAUCGAGUGAAAAGUUCGACGUCACCGAAUAGGAAUCGUUGUAAAUGUUUUAUACUGUACUGAAAUUCUGUGCCUGAGACGAGCUAACGAAGACGGCUUUCUCUGUUAAAUAAACUUCAUAAAUGUCGGUA